ACGGCCGGCGGCGGCGGCGCCGGCGACUUCCCGGCUCCCGCACGCGCCCGUCGCACGCACGCGCACUGCGCCCAGCAUGAGGGUCGCCGCUCUGAUCAGUGGUGGGAAGGAUAGCUGUUAUAAUAUGAUGCAGUGCACUGCUGCUGGGCAUCAGAUCGUUGCUUUAGCAAAUCUAAGACCAGCUGAAAACCAAGUGGGGUCAGAUGAACUGGAUAGCUACAUGUAUCAGACAGUGGGUCAUCACGCCAUUGAUUUGUAUGCAGAAGCAAUGGCUCUUCCCCUUUAUCGCCGUACCAUAAGAGGAAGGAGCGUGGAUACAGGACGAGUAUACACCGAAUGUGAAGGUGAUGAGGUUGAAGAUCUCUAUGAACUCUUGAAACUUGUUAAGGUAUGCACAAGAACCAAUUACAGAAACGGAAUAAUGUG